GGACGUGGAUCGGGGCGUGGACUGCCGCGCGAGAAACAUGAGGCGAGACGAACCGAGUCGAGCCUGGCCGAGCAGGUGGAGACUGUGGAGGUUUCCUCUGGCCACAAUGAAGAGUGUAUUUCUUCGAACGUGAACUUGCAUCUCGUUGGUUAUCACCCUAACGUUGAUGCGUCAUUUAUAUGCUUGUAUGUAUUGUUUUUCAUUAUUUACUGCAGUGGUCCCCAACCUUUUUUGCGCCACGGACCGGUUACAUGUCAGAAAUAUUUUCGCGGACCGGCAUUUAUAUAAAUAAAUAAUACAUUUAUAUGAAUAAAUAAAUAAUACAUUUAUAAUAAAUAUAUAAAUACGAUGAAAUAAAAUGAUACGACUGACAUAAAAACAAGUACAAAUGACAAAAAUAAAACUCACCAUUACCUUGAAUUAGUGGGAGCACUGAGUUUGUUUCUUAGAAACGAGCCGGUCCCAUCUAGACGUAAUGGGAGACAAUGACACCCGAAGUGAUUUAAGGUUUGUCUUUUAUUGCAGGGUGCUUGGUCCAUGUGUUGAAGCAGUUUUGAAUGCUUCGCUGCCUGGUUAGUUAGCCUCGUCGCCACAUAUUAGCUUUGCGGGCUCGACUGGGGAAACAUGUCACGUGACCGGGACGAGUGUCUUGACCUGAAUUAAUUGAUCGUCGAUAAAAAAAAAAAAAAUUCUGUGUGGCUUGGCGGCCCGGUACCAAGUGACCCACGGACCAGUACCGGUCCGCGGCCCGGUGGUUGGGGACCUCUGAUUUACUGGAUCUAAUUACGGUCUGUUAAAUUAGAAUUAACACAAGCAAUUUCCAAUAAAUAUGGAUUAAUCAACGUAUAUUUCCUAUCUUUCAACUAAUUUAUCUGUUACAGCACUUAUUUAAUGUGUAAUAUGGUUUGCAAUUUUUUUUUUAUAGGAAUCACCCGAUUUUUUUUUUUGCUCUGAGUUCCCACAUUAGCAUACAGUAGCAUUGCAGUGGCCCUUCAGACAUUCCAUUUUGAAACACGUCACUAAUAGUGUCGUGCACAGGGGUCAAACUCAAGGCCCGGGUGUCACAUACGCCCCGCCACAUCAUUUGAUGUGGCCCGCGAAGACAAAUUGUGCCUCAAAUUCGUGUCAUUACAAGAAUUGCAAAUUGUCUUCACUUUUAAAAAUAUCUUUUUUUAAUAUUCGACCAGUUUUUACGAGUCUGAUUUGAAAACAUGUUGUCAGUUUGUUUUGUAGCUUAUACUGUAUAUAAUAUGAGGUGCUCAUACAUUUAUUUGGGUUGACACUCAUAAUGGCUCUCCGAAAGAAACUAUGACUACAAUGGGCCCCGCGAAAAAAACGAGUUUGACACCCCUGGUAGUGGUACAUUCACCUGAUUAAGGUGCAGGAAUCCUACUUAAUCGCCACUGGUCAUCUCUCAGUGCAACCGACUGGUGACCAGUCCAAAGUGAGAUGUCGUGUGCUAUUCCACCAAAGUCAGCUCGGCCAAGCUGCAGCUCCCAAAAUGAUUGGAUGAAUAAUUGCACAGCAAAUCAUGUAAUUUGGUCUGCUAGCUUAAUGCUAACAUAUGUCAAACGCAUGCUAUUCCUUAUACUGCAUCUUUUCCAGGACACUUGGAUCUGCCCGCCAUGUUGUUGCAUGACAUGGCAUAAAAACAAUGGCUUCAAAAUUCGGGGGAACUGCAAUUCUGUUGGGCGACAUUUACUGUACUUGUGUGAGUUAUAAUUCUUUGCAUGUGUAAUUUGCAAAUGAUGCCUUGCAAACAUCAUACAUCUCAUUACUUCCAAACAAAUAUCCGGAUGGGGUGGGUGUGUGCAGUCGAUUUCACUUGAACGCCAGCUCACCGAGGUUCAAGUCCACCAAUAUAAUUCUGUCAAGCUGCUUUUAGCAUAACAACUUUCGGAAUGAGUUUUUCUCGCCUGUACACAUCAUUGGCAUCCGGACGCGGAGUAUCCCGGAGAAUCCAAGGACUGAAGAAGAGCAUCUGGUCACAAACCUGGUUGCAGACGGACCCCGGAGUGGUCGACCUUGGCCAAGGAUUCCCGGACACGGCGGUUCCAUCGCUAAUCACGGAGGCCCUGGUGAAGACCGCCUCUGUCAACUGGAUGAACCAGUACACCAGGGGGGCUGGGCACCCAUCGUUGGUGAAGGCACUCUCUCUGGUUUACGGAAAGGUGUACGGGCGCCCCGUUGACCCCCUCAAGGAAAUCCUGGUAACGAUGGGUGCCUCCGGUUCCUUGUUCAGCACCAUGCAGGCUCUGGUGGAGGAAGGUGAUGAGGUCAUCAUCAUAGAACCCUUCUUUGACUGCUACGUACCCAUGAUCAGCAUGGCUGGGGGUAAACCUGUGCUCAUACCUCUUCGACCUAAACCUGGGCAGAAAACUACCUCCAGCGCCAACUGGUUCCUGGACCCAGAGGAGCUGGCCAGUAAAUUCAACUCCAAGACCAAGGCCAUCCUCAUCAACACUCCCCACAACCCCAUCGGAAAGGUUUUCACCAAAGAUGAGCUGCAGAUGAUCGCCGACUUGUGCAUCAAGCAUGACACGCUGUGCUUCAGCGACGAGGUCUAUGAGUGGAUGGUCUAUCGUGGGCAGCAGCACCAUAAAAUUGCCACUUUUCCAGGAAUGUGGGAUCGAACCAUCACCAUUGGCAGCGCUGGGAAGACCUUCAGCAUCACCGGAUGGAGGCUCGGUUGGUCCAUCGGACCAGAACACCUGAUCAAGUAUCUCGAGACCGUCAUGCAGCACGUGUUGAUCAGCUGCCCCACCCCAUUGCAGGAGGCGCUAGCGGAAGCGCUACUGCGCUAUUACGAGCUGAUGGGUCAGCCGGAGUGCUUCUUUAAGGCCAUGGCCAAUGAGCUGCAGGGGAAGCGGGACCGAAUGGCAGCCAUGCUACAGACGGCCGGCUUCUUGCCUGUCAUUCCCGAGGGAGGUCUCUUCAUAAUGGCGGACGUGUCAGCGCUCUCUAAAGACCUGCCACGUGGCAACAUUGGCAAGGAUGAAUCCUACGACUACAAGUUUGCAAAAUGGAUGAUUCAAGAAAAGAAACUGUUGGGCAUUCCCGUGACAGCGUUUGCUCGUGAGGAUUCCAUUUCUGCCUUUGACAAGUAUAUUCGAUUUUGCUUCUUCAAGCGUGAUGAUACUCUGGAUGCAGCUGAGCGGAUCCUGAAAAAGUGGAAGUCAACCAGAACCAAUGCCUAAAUACGACCAAUAUCAAUGAUCAGUAAACUCUCUCAAAGGUGUUUUCUUUUUUUUUUUUUUAAAUAACUUAAGGAAAUAAAUUAUAGUUAUUCGUAUACGAGAAGAAGCUCUCAAUGUAUUGCAAUGCAUUUGUUCACUACAAUGACUGUGAAGACAUGUUGUCAAUU